AUGGCCGCCUACGCUGGCGAGAGCCACUUCCGUUUGAACCUCGGGGUGGGACCCGGAGGCGCGGGUCUGGACGGCUUCGCGCAUCCGGGGCCUCCUCACCACCACGGACACACUCACGAUGCGGGGCCGACGACGGCCGGCCUGGACGGCGCGUACCCGUUGCAGGAUGUCGCCGCCACAGCCACUCCUCCUUCUGCGGGUAGGCGACGGCGUCGACAGGCGGCGGACGCCGGCAGCAGUAGCACGGGUGGUCAGUUUGGCAUCCUUGCGCCGACGACGAUUCCCGGCGCUGGUCCCGCCAGUGCGGUCCCGCUGCCUGACGCGCAUGGCCAGCCGGCCGGGGUCCCAACGGUAGGCCUCGGGAGGGACACAGGUGAAAGAACGGGUGGCAAGCUGAGCGGCCGCAUCGUUCUCGAUCCGCCAAACCUGCAGGCCUGGCGAGAGAAGCUCUUUGCCGUCGAUGAGACCCUUGUCCUGACCAACGAGCAAUUCGAGGUGUACUUCCCGCACGUGGACAACAUCUACUCGCACCGCUCGACACAGCGCUACAAGCGCAAGCCUUUCAUCUCGCACUACUACGACUGCCGGAUGAAGGGCCGUCCGCCAGGGACACCCAAGUCCGAUGACCCGAACAAGAAGAAACGCAAGCGUGUCGCCCGCGAGCGCGACCUGUGCGACGUCAAGAUCCGCAUCACAGAGUACUUCCCCGGCGCGUUCCUCGACCGCGACACCGCUGCCGCUGCCGCCGCGGCCGCAGCCACCGGCAACGCGGCUGUGCUCACUGCCGGUGCGGGCGCAGCGACGGGCGUGGCGGCACAGGUGGUGCCCGAGGGCCAGCGCUUCUGGGCGAUUCAGCGCGUUAAUGGUAACGGCGGCAACGGCAAGGGGGAUGGCAUAGACGGCCCUCAUAGGCAUACGCUGCAGCGCAGCGAUGAGAUUAAGAGGAACAGCGUGCAGCGGUGGCUGGCCGACAGGGACAAGGAGGUCAAGAAGAUACAGAAGCAGGUCCCGCGCAAGGCCACCGGUGCUGCGCUCGCGACGACAAAGAAGCACUCCAAGGAGAGCGACCUGAAGCUGUACGCUGCAUGCUUCUGCCCCUUCUCGCAGCGCGUGUGGAUCGCGCUCGAGGCAAAGGGCCUGGCUUAUCAGUACUGCGAGACAGAUCCCUACCGCCGCCCGGCGCCGACGGCGCUUCUCGAGGCGAAUCCACGCGGUCUCGUCCCGGCCAUCCGCCAGGGCGAGUGGGCAUGCGCCGAGAGUGCCGUGAUUCUCGAAUACCUCGAAGACAUGCAGCAUAGGAGCGGAGCGCCCUUGUUUCCGUCCGAUCCGCGGCUCAAGGCAAAUUGUCGCCUAUGGAUUGAUCAUAUCAACGCCCGCGUGGUGCCCUCCUUCUUCGCGCUCCUACAGGCUCCCGACCUGGGACAACAGAGCGCUGCGACCGAACAAUUACAAGGUCACAUUACGAGCCUCGUUCUCGCGGCCGAUGAGCAUGGCCCUUACUUUCUCGGCUCGUCCCUGAGCCUCGUUGACGUACACUUCGCCCCGUUUGCUCUCCGCUUGUCGCGCGUGCUCGGGCCGCUCCGCGGUUGGGCUGACCCAGUGCCUGGAACUCGCUGGCAGCGGUGGCUCGAUGCUCUCGAGCGCGACCCUCACGUUACUGCCACGACCAGCCUGGACGAGCUGUACGCGGACACGGCACAGAUACUUGCCCAUCCCCAUGCUCCCUCGUCGACACACCUCGGAAGGCGCUGA